AUGACCAGAAAAGAAAGGGACGAAGCCAACAGACUGAAGAAGAAAAGAAGGGACAACAAUGAUGUCACCAAGCCCCCUCGAGAUUUGCAGAACAGAAUAACAUAUAAUGAAUGGGAAUUGCUAAUCCCGCACCCAAGGAAUAUAAACGUGAAAGUCCAAAACAGUAAUGACAAUAGCAAGGAUCGUUCAACAUUAAAUGAAAUCAAGAAAACGCUAACCAAGGAGCAGUUGGAGAUUUUUAGGAGGUCAGCGUUUGGGAAGUUUUUGGACCUCCCUCAAUGCAUUAUACAAAACCAGCUAAUAAACUAUAUACUGUUGUGCGAGGUUCAUCAAAGCAGAACAGAUGAGCUUUGGUUCAAUUUCAGAGGAAAAUUUCUCCGUUUUGGCAUCGAGGAGUUUGCUGUUGUCACUGGUUUGAAAUGCACUGGACAAAGCAAGAAGCUGAACAUUCCCAAGAUUUCUGAUGGCCUCCACGACAAGUAUUUCAAGGGGGUUGACUUAACCCGGAACCAUAUCAGAUGGCAGUUUCAAAAAAAGUCAUGGGCGAGUGAUGAAGACGCCGUCAAAUUAGCUAAGUUACACUUGUUAGCAAAUUUCUUCAUGGGAUCUCAAGACGCUCUUCGCAUCGAAUGCUGUUAUGUUGACAUGAUCGAUAGUGCGGAAUGCGAUGAUUAUUCAUGGGGUACCGAUAUAUUUGAGUUUACCCUUCAUUACCUAAAGAAGUCGAUUCACACGAGAGAGCAGAUGCAUAUCUUUGAGAAGCCUGAGGGGGCUGGCUACCUCUAUCGUUGCUAUGGUCUUAUUCUGGCGCUUCAUACCUGGUUCUAUGAGGUUUGCGAACCUGCCCAGGGUGUGCUCUCCACAAAUGUUAGUGUACACGAUAUCCCCAGGAUACUUAAAUGGGAUGUUCGAGAUAUCUAUACUCGUAUUUUCAUGGAGAGGACCUUUUCCAACCUUCAUUAUUCUAAGUUCAAGAACAUAAUCCCCACCGAGGCCGAGAGACAUAUUCUUUUGUUGAACUCAUUCUUCAAAAACAAAAAUGAGUUCACUCAAAACGAGAUUCCAUCAACUGACACUCCACGACACACCAAUGGUGUUGAUGUUAUAACCCGGCUAGACACAAUUACUGCUGAACUUGAGAGUUUGAAGCAAUCCUUCCUCGAAUUCUCGAGACGUGUUUUUGCUGGGUUUGAAUUUUUCAAGGAGAAAUUACUUGGUGGUUCAAGUAAAGACCAUCACACAGACAGAGGAAACACGAGCGAUGUCCGUGAUGGGAAUGAAGUGCGGAAUGAAUUGCCCGGUCACAGUUCAGCUGAAAAAGAGACGCCUCUUCAGAAUGCUUCUGAUGUUAAUGAUGAGACUACGAGUGUGAAGUCUCCAGUAAGAGCAUUCAGAACAAAAUCCGAAGCACUUAUGAAGCGAGCAGCAGACAAGCCUCUUCAAAAGGCUUCUGAUGUUAAUGUCGAGAAUACGACAGUGAAGUCUCCAUUAAGAGCCUACAGAACCAAAGCUGAGGCACUUAUGAAAAGCGCAACAGAUAAGAGAAGUUUCGACGAUGAGCCACACCCUAUCUAUGGGUACGCACUGAAUGGAUCGCAACCAUCAUUUGAUGUUGUAAUGGUCGUUCUACCACCGACACCACCAUCCAAUAAAGCUAUUCAAUCGACGCACAAUAAUCCUGCUCCGGUCGAGGAGAAUGUAGCAAAGGAGAAAGAUUGCGAUGUUGUGGUUGUGCAUGUUCCAAAGAUAGAAGCCGUGAAACCAACAUCGAAUCCUAAGAAAAAAUCAAAGAAGGAAACAGGUCCGAAGAAGAAAGUACGACUUUUUAGAUCAUGCCCAUUUGAUGUCGCUUUUGACAUAGUUGUGUCUGGAAAAGUGGACAUGAAGAACUACAAGGAUUGGACUGCAGAGGGGCUGCUCCGGACUGCUCCUCGUAAAGUCGACAACGGGUCGUGA